AUUUUAUCGAAGCAGCAGAGCCUCGGACGGCUCCUUCACUUCGAGGGAAGCGCGCGCAAAGAGCGCGGGCUGUUUUCUCGGAUCGAUGCGUUUCGAUCGCACGCGUCGCGACGCUCGUCGGCGUUUAAGUCGCGGAGGCGCUUCGUCGGCGUCGCCGCUGGUUCUUGCCCGUUCCCAGGCAGGCCUGUUUCGCGUUCGAGAAUGUCGCGUUCGCGUUGAGGUCUCUCUCCCCGCUCGUUAGGAGGCCCGAGGACGGAAGGACGGGAUGGCGUCUGACGACGCCGAGACGCGGGAGGCGCAGGAAGCCGAGGAGGACUUGAGGAUCUUCGAGACGCUCUGCAUCUCGUCGCCGCAGAAGGUGAAUCCGGACAACGCUAUGACUCAUGAUCUGACGACUACUUUGAGGAGCGAAUUGGCAGCUCUCGAGUACAAACGAGACAGGCUCAUGUCCGAGCUGCAAGAGAUGAAGAGCAUCGUGAGAUCGCGGGACCAGAGGGUCGUGGAAUUGCAGGUGGAAGCCGAUCAGCUUCGAGAGCAAGCAGCCAGGCAAAAUUCCGUCGUUUCCAGUCUCAAGAAACGCAUUCAGGAACUUGAAGAGAGAGAGAGAAAUCUCUAUGCAUCCCAAGGUAGGAGUGAGAUCACGAUACAAGGUCUGCAACGUGACGUAAAAUACCACGAGGAAAAGGUCCGAGAGUACGACAAGAAAAUUCGACAAUUGGAGCAUAACAUAUCUGAGGAGAUUCAAUUGAAGGAGCGCGCACGUCUGAAUCUGCAGGAUUUUGUGCGAAGGUUGGCACACGCGUUGAACGUCGAGUACUGCGAAACGGCGCAUCACAGUCCAGAGAUGGUGAUUCACAAAGCCGAGGAGCUCGUGCAAGAGGUGAACCGACUGCGAACGAAGAGCACGAACGUCGAGACGCAGUUGACGGGCAUCGAGGUAGAUUUCAGAACCUGCAGAGACGCUCUUGAGCGUGCCACUACGGAAAAGGAACAGUUACAGAGACAGGUGUCUGUCCAACUGGUCGACAUAGAUCGUCUGCGUCAGGACAAGGAGUGCGUGGAAAUGCAAUAUAGGGUCGCGGAGAAGGACAUGAAUGACCUGAGGGACAAACUUGUGACCGUAAACAGAAGUUUAACUAGUGCAACGGGGAAUAUAUCCAAUCAAGAAGCGCUCAUCUGCCAAUUACGAGAGGACCUGAAGGCCCGCGAAGAGAAGACGCAACGCGUACAAAAUGACCUACGUCAUCUCCUCGAGUCUUUGGCGAUUCUCGUCAGUACACCCAAUCGAUUCGUCGAGUCUCACGAAAACGCAAUUAAGGAUCGCAUCCGAGAGAUCUUGGCGGACAACAAGGAUCAAUCGCUAAAAAUACAAGGUCUUCGGGAUAAGGUGAACGUUGCGACGGAGUCGACGAAUCGACAGAGCGAAUUGGUCGAAUCCACGAUGAUGAAAGUGCGCAGCCUGGAGGAUGAACGCGCCGCUUUAGAAGCCAAGAUACACAAGUUGGAAUCCGAACUUACAAGCAGCGAACUCUCCAGAGAGUCUUUACGCAGAGACAAGCAAACGUUUAUGAUCUUCUUGGAUCGAAUGGGCAAAGCGAUGCAGAUGGACGAGAUCUCUCAAGAAAUCGGGCUCGAUCUUUUAACCGAGUCGCUGCUGGUGCGGGCCGAGCAGUUAGCCAGAUUGGAAACCGACAAACUAGUCGACAAGUAUUUGUACUCCAGCUAUACGACCUUACCGAGGAUUCGGCGCGAGCGAUCGUUCCACGAGCUUCCUCUCAAAGAAACAUCCGUAGUUUAUCAGUUGCAACGUCGGGUCCGAACUCUACGGGAGCAAUUGCAACGCAGGGACUUGCAUCUGGAUCUUCUGCGUAGGAAACUGUCUCUGCAAGAGGACAGUGUGAGGGUGAAAUCGUUGUUGCAGAGCGAACGUGAUGAGGCCAACAUACGCGCGAAGAAGUUGGCGAAACAGGUCGAGCGAUCGCAAGUCCAAUUAUCGGAGGAAAAAUCGCGGAAUCGAGAGCUGAGCGCACAAUUGACGGAAGCCGCAGAUUAUAAGAUAGCUGCGCUGGAACGCAGUCGCAAAAUAGAGGAGCUUCAGAAGCGUCUCGUCGAGAGCGAGAUGUUGAGAACGCGUUAUAACAGAAAGUUGACGAUGGCGAAGGAACAGAUGAGGACGGCUGCGGAGACAGCCGACCAGGAAAGAUCGAUUAACGACCAUUCCUUGCAGCUUCUCCGCGACGAGCUCGCUCAGGUCAAGCAAAAUCUCUCCGAUGUCACGAGGAGGGAAUCCCAGCUCCAGAGCUUCCGCGUCUCCGUGGCGAAGCUAUUGUCGGAGCCAAUCUGCACGUCCGAUUACGAGAUCAUUUCGCGGCUGCAGAAAAUGGUCGCGGCUCAUCGCGACUUUACGAUGCUCUCCCGCAGAUACGACGAGCCUUUGGAAACAAGUCCCUCGAGGUGCACCAGCAUUCAUCCGGUUCAUCCACCGAGAUCGCCCGGUUCACGCUGCACUCGUUACGAAGACAGCGGUUUCGCGGAUCCACCGGAUCUCCACGACAUCGACGAUGAUUACAGCAAGAGGCCCGUGAGAAGCAGCCUUCUUCCGUGACAUCGGCCAAGGUUCAAGUUCUAAACGCGUUCCUGAGGCGAGGAGAUUAAACGAUCACGUCUAAUCCAUCUUGUCGGAAAUUCGAGUUUCCGUUCUCGGAGCCGUAGAUUGAACGAUAUUGCGGGGAAUAACUAUUUCGCACGUACGUUUCGUAAAGCGUUACGUUUACCGCGUAAACGACCGACUUUUACGAGAUGAAGAGGACCAUUCGCGCUUAUUUCUAUUCGCGAUCAUCGUUGCCUUACAAAUUAGACAACGAGCACGCCAUAAGAUCGCUCGCAUGUCGAUCGAGCGAUCGAAUAGCUCACCCCGACACCGAUUCCGAUGGAAUAAGCAUGAAGAAUCGAAUCACCGAUCCACGCUAUUACGAAGGAAUGAAAAAGGAAAUCGAUCCAGCGUGUUCUCGUGAAAUCGCGAUUUUACGCUAAUUAUUUACCAGCAAGCGUGAGAAAUUUCUAACGGAUCACAUGGAAGUGCGAUAUAGGACGUUGUAGAGUAUCGUGAACGAAAACCGUCAAAAGUGUUCAGCGAAAAUUACGCAUAGAGUUUAAGAUAAUUUAUUUCGGAAAUAUUUAUACAGGCCGGCCGUGCAUGGCAGACUUUGAUUUAUAUGUGAAUAAAAUAACUAUUAUCGCUAUAUGUAUACAUAUUGCUCCUAGAAAAAAAGAUCGCCUGGAUGUGCCACUUGAAGCAAGCAAUAGAGUCAUUAAUAUACAUCAGAGAAUGAAACUGUAUCGGGCAAGAAUAAUCAAACAUGCGAAACAUGUGCAGAUGACGUCAUGUGAAAUAAAGAAAAGCUUUAGCUUGUAAGAAAGUCAGUUUGUCAAGAAUUUUGCACAAAAAUUUGGAAUAUGAAUUAAGACUGAAUAUAAUUUAAUUGGAUUUUGUGACAUUACGUAUAAACUCAAUUUUGUUUGCACUUAUUUCAUAGACUAAAAAAUAUAUCUGUCCACAUCUUAACAAAGUGACUUAGGAAUGUUUUCAUGUAA